AUGCCUCUGGAACCUACCUUGUUACCCCCUCCUAUCGAUUGUUCAAUUCCAACAUCAACCCUUGGGGAAUCUCCCAAGGAGGCAAACAAGGAGACUCUAGAAGGAAAGGAUAAAGGCAAAGAGAAGGAGAGUGUACCGGAUCCUAAAGUUAUUCCAACACUGGCACAGUACCCUAAUCGUUUGAAGGCCUUGGCGAAACUGAAUUUCAAUGUGGAGUUGCAUGAAUUAUUCAAUCAAGUGAAGAUCAAUAUCCCUCUCAUGGAUGCGGUCAAGCAAAUUCCUUUGUAUGCUAAAUUUCUUAAUGAUCUAUGCACUCGGAAGCGGAAGCUUAAUGUUCAAAAGAAGAUGUUUCUUACUAAGCAAGUGAGUUCUAUCUUACAAACGAAUAUCGCGCCGAAGUACAAGGAUCCGGGGAGCCCUACUAUUGAAGUAGCUAUUGGAGUAAGGCGUAUCGAACAAGCCUUACUCGAUCUUGGUGCUAGUGUAAAUCUACUACCAUAUUCCGUAUAUCAAGAACUUGGGUUAUGGGAGAUGAAGCCUACUCGCGUCACACUCCAAUUGGCCGAUCAGAGAGUUCGUGUACCAAGAGGGAUAGUGGAAGAUGUUUUGGUGCAAGUUGAUCAAUUUAUCUAUCUGGUGGAUUUCAUGAUUCUCGAUACGAAUCCAAAUGACUCUUUUACUGCUUCUACUCCGGUGAUUCUUGGGAGACCUUUUCUAGCCAUGGCAGAUGCGGUCAUCAACUGUUGGAAUGGACUUCUCAAUAUGACAUUCGUUGCUCUUAUGGCCAAAGAGGCCAAAUUUCUUGACUCUUUUGAAGUGAAUUAUUUGUAUUCAUUGCUCAAUGAGGAGGAUGAAGCUUGUGCUAUUAGUUCUUGGACUCCAAAGUUUGAAGAAUUUGAAGAGCUUCCCCUAAUAGAGAAGAAGGUUCUUCCAUCUAGCGUUGAGCCACCGAAAUUGGAGUUGAAACCCUUGCCCCACACUUUGAAGUAUGUUUUCCUUGGAGAUAAUGAAACCUAUCAUGUGGUUAUUUCCUCCUCUCUUAGGAAUCAGCAAGAGAUGGAGUUGAUCAAUCUAUUGAGGAGACACAUGAAGGCUAUAGGGUGGACCAUUGCUGACAUUAAAGGGAUCGACGCUACGCUUUGUUCUUAUCAUAUCGCCUUGAAGGAUAAUGUCAAGCUGUCCCGACAACCCUAA